CAACUGUGUUCUAUUCACCGGGCUGUGCUCCUCGGAAGGGCUGAUGGCUCCUGUAAAAGUUUGUGCUCCCCGCGCCUUUCCUUCCUUCCCUCGUCUUUGACGCCUGCGGGCACCGGGAGUCCUGGGCAAAGGAGGAGGAAUGGCGAAUCGGCGGGGCGUGUCCUUCACGCCGCCCCGUAGCUCCGAGCCGACGCUGGCGCAGCGCGCGACUUUUUGAAAGCCGGGAGAGUUCGAAUUGCAACGGCAGCUGCUGGGCGUACGUGUCGGUGCUAGAGGCAGCUGCAGCGUCUCGCUGGGGGCCGCUCGUCACCAAUUUUGAAGAGGUACUUGGCCACGACUUAUUUUCACCUCCGACCUUUCCUUCCAGGGGGUGAGACUCUGGACUGAGAGUGGCUUUCACAAUGGAAGGGAUCAGUAAUUUCAAGACACCAAGCAAAUUAUCAGAAAAAAAGAAAUCUGUAUUAUGUUCAACUCCAACUAUAAAUAUCCCGGCCUCUCCGUUUAUGCAAAAGCUUGGCUUUGGUACUGGGGUAAAUGUUUACCUAAUGAAAAGAUCUCCAAGAGGUUUGUCUCAUUCUCCUUGGGCUGUAAAAAAGAUUAAUCCUAUAUGUAAUGAUCAUUAUCGAAGUGUGUAUCAAAAGAGACUAAUGGAUGAAGCUAAGAUUUUGAAAAGCCUUCAUCAUCCAAACAUUGUUGGUUAUCGUGCUUUUACUGAAGCCAGUGAUGGCAGUCUGUGUCUUGCUAUGGAAUAUGGAGGUGAAAAGUCUCUAAAUGACUUAAUAGAAGAACGAUAUAAAGCCAGCCGAGAUCCUUUUCCAGCAGCCAUAAUUUUAAAAGUUGCUUUGAAUAUGGCAAGAGGGUUAAAGUAUCUGCACCAAGAAAAGAAACUGCUUCAUGGAGACAUAAAGUCUUCAAAUGUUGUAAUUAAAGGCGAUUUUGAAACAAUUAAAAUCUGUGAUGUAGGAGUCUCUCUACCACUGGAUGAAAAUAUGACUGUGACUGACCCUGAGGCUUGUUACAUUGGCACAGAGCCAUGGAAACCCAAAGAAGCUGUGGAGGAGAAUGGUGUUAUUACUGACAAGGCAGACAUAUUUGCCUUUGGCCUUACUUUGUGGGAAAUGAUGACUUUAUCGAUUCCACACAUUAAUCUUUCAAAUGAUGAUGAUGAUGAAGAUAAAACUUUUGAUGAAAGUGAUUUUGAUGAUGAAGCAUACUAUGCAGCCUUGGGAACUAGGCCACCUAUUAAUAUGGAAGAACUGGAUGAAUCAUACCAGAAAGUAAUUGAACUCUUCUCUGUAUGCACUAAUGAAGACCCUAAAGAUCGUCCUUCUGCUGCACACAUUGUUGAAGCUCUGGAAACAGAUGUCUAGUGAUCACCUCAGCUGAAGUAUGGCUUGCGUAAAUAACUUUAUUCCAAAACAUUUAAAUAGUUACUAUCAGUAGUUAUUAGACUCUCUAAAAUUGGCAUAUUUGAGGACCAUAGUUUCUUGUUAACAUAUGGAUAACUAUUUCUAACAUGAAAUAUGCUUAUAUUGGCUAUAAGCACUUGGAAUUGUACUGGGUUUUCUGUAAAGUUUUAGAAACUAGCUACAUAAGUACUUUGAUACUGCUCAUGCUGACUUAAAACACUAGCAGUAAAAUGCUGUAAAUUGUGUAACAUUAAAUUGAAUGACCAUUACUUUUAUUAAUGAUCUUUCUUAAAUAUUCUCUAUUUUAAUGGAUCUACUGAAAUUAGCACUUUGUACAGUACAAAAUAAAGUCUACAUUUGUUUAAAACACUGAACCUUUUGCUGAUGUGUUUAUCAAAUGAUAACUGGAAGCUGAGGAGAAUAUGCCUCAAAAAGAGUAGCUCCUUGGAUACUUCAGACUCUGGUUACAGCUUGUCUUGAUCUCUUGGAUCUCCUCAGAUCUUUGGUUUCUGCUUUAAUUUAUUAAAUGUAUUUUCCAUACUGAGUUUAAAAUUUAUUAAUUUGUACCUUAAGCAUUUCCCAGCUGUGUAAAAACAAUAAAACUCCAAUAGGAUGAUUGAUAAAGAAUAAAGGACACUUUGGGUACCAGAA